AUGACAACGUUCAAAAGAAUCGAUGAAUUAAACUUUGCAAAGGAGAGGUUUAAGAAGGCCGUAGAAAAUUUGAGGCAGUUUAAGGAAGAACAAGGGAAAAGGUUAGCUGAGUUGUGGAGAAGUGGUGAGGAAAGUUAUGCAGAGAGGGAUUUCUUAAUCGAAGAGAAGAAGGCGUUGGAAGCGACAGUUGCGAAAUGGGAAGACCAGUUGAUAUAUUUUACAAAAAGUAAACGUCGAAGCAUCUUGCAGUGGAUAUCUCCUUAUAAAUGCCAUCCUGACGUUUCACUAUCAUCGCAUGGAGACGAGAUUGGUAAUAAUGGAAAAACUAGACUGCUUGAGGAAUUGAAGAAUCUCGUUCAGGAGAGGGCAAUCAAUGAUGCAGAUAAUCGGGUGCAGGAGAUUUUUGCAAAUACAAUGGCAGUGGUAAUAACUUUUGAUAAUGGAUCGGCAGCAUCUGAUAAUGAUAUUAAGCUUGAAGAGGAAAUUGCACUUUGUUUACAGAUUCUGUAUUGCUAUUUUGUGGAAGGAAAUUCAGAUAUGCAGUACGAAUAUUUUGUAAAAGAAUGUAUAAUAUUAGGUUUACAAAAAGGAGAUUUAAUGCUAGGAACAGUUUUAAAGACUAUUACUAUGGAUAAGUAUGACCAGCAACAACAAAAUGGUAAAACAACGGCUUUUUUAUUGUACGUAGAUGAAACAAACAAGUUGAUCGAUCUAGACGAAAUGACAUUCUGUACAGCUGUAAAUGCAGUAAGCUGA